GUCGUUUAAAGCCCACACGUGGCCCAAUCAAGUUCAAGACUUUUGCCCUGUCAAGGCAAAAGCUUUAUAAGUCUAUCAAAGCUAAAGCCUUUUUCUCGUCUUUCAAACGUCGUCACACUGGAAGCCCUUCCUUCUCUCUUUGAUUAUAGAUUAAAAAGAAAACACAGAUGGAAGAUAUUAAACCAUUAAUUGAAGCUUUGAAGACUAAAUUAAAGCAAGCUUUGAUUCUAUGGGCAGAGGGUUUCAGAGAAGCUUGUUGUCUUCACAGAGUUAUCGUUCUUUGUCGCAGGUCGAAGAAGCUUAUGAUUAGAACGGGACAGUGUUUUCUUUUAAAUGGCUUCAUAUUCUUAGGAAGUUUGUUUGUCCUAAAUUCAGUAGUUAUCCCAACACUACAAUGGAUAUUGCCUGAUCAUUACUCACAAACCAGUUGUGAAGCAAUGUCUGAAUUCCACGGUGUCUUCAAAUUUUAUUCCUUCUUACGUGGCUUCCUCAUACAACUAUUCUAUGUAUUUUGGUUCUAUCCCUUAUAUGUAUUCAGCUUUAUUCUGAGCAAUCUAUGGUACAAUGACAUUGCUACACAUGGUUUUGCUGCAAUGGGGAGAUCCGGGCCUUCUACAGUGAAAUCCUUGAAACAAAACGAUACGUUGACCUCAGACAGCAAAGUGCAUGCAGCUAGGCCUGCUGGCCUCGGAGGGAUCAUGAUUGGAAUAGGGGAGCAGGUGUAUUCGUUGCUUCUUUUGACUUUCUUUUUCUUUGAGGUUUAUGCCACAGGAUUUAUACCUUACAUUGGGAAGGCACUCAAUUUUGUACUUCUUUCUUGGAUGUACGCGUAUUACUGUUUCGAGUACAAAUGGAACUUUACUGAAUGGGGCCUGGAGAAAAGAUUGGAUUUUUUUGAAACUAAUUGGGCGUUUUUUGCUGGUUUCGGAAGUCCUUGUGUUCUAGCGAUUUUCUUUUUCCCACCUCUCGUGGGAUAUGGGUUUAUGGCUGUACUCUUCCCUCUGUUUGUUCUUACCGCAACAGGCACAGAAGCCGAGCAGGUUAUUUCCACACAAAGAAGAAGAUUUACCGGUGCACAAUUGGGGAAGGUUCCAGUAUUUUACGCAGCUGACACUUUAUUGAUGCGGGUCUUGUCCCUCUUCCCAUCGGAAUCCCGAGAACGAACACAAGACAACAAAACACUAUAACAGAUUCUGGCCAUGCUCUCCUACCUUCUUGACCUGUAAGUCCAUUUCCACAAGCUCGACCGAAAAAAAAGACGUUUCCGAACUUUUUUAUCUCAUUUCUUUUGUAUCUUUGUGUUGUGUACAUAAAAAUUUGCAGAAAUGAAGUGUAAAAACAUUAUACUUAAUUGAUUUCUGCCCCUUUUAUGAGAUUACCAAAAAUGUGGGUUUUAUAUAAACUUUUAAAGUUAUCUUA